AAAAAGACAAAGUCAAUGUUUUGAUAUCGCUUUCUUCAACUAUGCAAAGAGCUUCUGUCUCCACAGAUCUAUACAACACAAAUGGAUCCUUCUGUUUUACUUACCAAUGUUGUUUCUGCUGCAAUAGGCUUCUUAGUGAUCUUUAAAAUGUUUAGAUCCCAUCAAGAAAACAAAGAAACCUCUUCAUCCUCAUCAUCAUCAUCAUCAUCAUCAUCAUCAUCAUCAGUUCCUUCAUCUAAUAGCUGGACAUACGACGUCUUUCCGAGCUUCCGUGGAGAAGAUGUCCGCAAGAACUUUUUGAGUCAUAUUAAGAAGGAGUUUCAGAAAAAAGGAAUCACAUACUUCAACGAUAAUGAGAUCAAGAGAGGAGAAUCCAUCCGUCCUGAAAUCAUAAGUGCCAUUAGAGGUUCUAAGUUAGCGAUCGUCUUGCUCUCGAGGAACUACCCUUCUUCGAAAUGGUGUCUUGACGAACUGGUUGAGAUUAUGAAGUGCAAGCAAGAGUUAGAUCAAACUGUGUUGCCUAUUUUCUAUGACGUUGACCCGUAUCAUGUAAAGAAGCUUACCGGAGAUUUUGGAGAAGUUUUCAGAGAGACUUGCGAGGGUAGAAGCAAAGAAGAAACUGAGAGAUGGAGACAAGCUCUGGUGGAGGUAGCUAAAACUGCUGGUUACCAUUCAGUCAACUGGGAUAAUGAAGCGGCCAUGAUCGAAAAUAUCACCAAUGAUGUUUUAACAAAGCUGCUAAAUAAUGCACCAUCAAGUGUUUUAGACGGUUAUGUUGGAAUGAGAGCUCAUAUGUUGAAGAUGGAACAAUUAUUAUGCCUAGACUCUGAUGAUGAAGUGAGGAUUCUAGGGAUUUGGGAUCCUUCUGGAAUUGGUAAGAGCACUAUCGCCAGAGCUCUGUUUGGAGAAUACUCUCAUAAGUUUCAGCUUAGUGUCUUCAUAGAGAAUAUCAGAAGACGCUAUCCAAUACCAUGUCCCGAUUUAUACAGCACACAACUGCAACUACAAUCAGAGAUGCUAUCUAGAAUAUUCAACCAGCAGGCUAUCAAUAUUCGUCAUUUGGAUGUUGCAAAACACAGAUUAAAAGACAAAAGAAUGCUUGUCGUUCUUGAUGAUGUGGAUCAUGUGAUGCAACUCAAUGCACUAGCUAAAGAAGCUCAGUGGUUUGGUCCUGGAAGUCGGAUCAUAAUAACAACGCAAGAUAAAAGAGUUUUGCAUAGACAUAGGAUGAUUAACCAUAUACAUGAGGUGUGUCUUCCAUCUGACAAUAAGGCUCUUAAAAUCUUCUGCAUGUAUGCUUUUGGUCAAAAGUCGCCAUAUUAUGGUUUUGAGAGCCUUGCUAGGAAAGUUACACAACUUGCCGGUAACCUCCCUCUGGGACUAAUGGUUAUGGGAUCUUACUUCCGAGGAAUGUCGUCGAGGCAUGAGUGGGAAAUGGAACUACCAAGGUUAUGGAGUAGCCUUAACGGAGAAAUCCAAAGCGUUUUGAAGUUCAGUUACAAUGCUUUAUGCGAUGAAGAUAAAAAUUUAUUUAUCUAUAUAGCAUGUUUCUUUAACGAUGAAUGGAUUGAAAGAGUGGAAGAUUUUCUAGCCGAGAAUUUUUCUAACGUGAGAUAUGGUCUUCACGUUUUAGCUGAUAAAUCUCUCAUAUCUAUCGACCGUGGAUGGAUAAGGAUGCAUAAUUUGCUAGCACGUUUUGGUAGAGAAAUUGUUCGUAAACAAUCGAUUCAUGGCCCUGGGCAGCAGCGUCAGUUUUUGGUUGAUGGUAGAGAGACAUGCCAAAUACUGAGUAGUAACUCCUAUACACCAGGAAGUAUAAAUGUCAUAGGCAUAGAUUGCGAAUAUUCUGAGAUCGAGGGUGGGCUAUAUAAAAAUGACAAAGCCUUUGAAAAAAUGAGUAAUCUCCAAUUCUUAAGGGUCGGUGAUACUCACCCAAGAGUGCAGUUACCACAAAGUCAGAAAUACUUACCUGGAACACUUAGAUUACUAGAUUGGGAUGGUUUCCCAAUGACAUGCUUUCCUUCUAAUUUCAAUCCGGAGUUCCUUGUGGAAAUAUACAUGCCUUCAAGCAAUCUUGAGAAACUGUGGGAAGGAAGUCAAACUAUUAAAAAUCUCAAGAGGAUGUAUCUGAGGGAUUCUGAAAACCUGAAGGAGGUUCCUGAUCUCUCAGCAGCUACUAAUCUCUGGAAACUUGAUCUCAGCGGUUGCUCAAGUUUGGUGGAGCUUCCAUCAUCUAUUGGGAACGCUACUAAUCUCAAUGAGUUGUUUCUCAGCCGUUGCUCAAGCUUGGUGGAGCUCCCAUCUUCCAUUGGCAAUGCUACAAAACUCAAGAAGUUGAAUCUUAGUGGCUGCUCAAGUUUGGUGGAGCUCCCGUCAUCUAUCGGGAACGCUACUGAUCUCACAGAACUGGAUCUCUGCGGCUGCACGAGUCUGGUGUCCCUCCCGUCUUCUAUUGGAAACCUUCACAAGCUGUGUUCCUUUACUCUGAAAGGUUGCGCAAAGAUAAAAGAAGAAGCCCUCCCGGUGAAUAUCAACAUGAAAUCUCUAAGAACGCUCGAUCUCGCUGGUUGCUCCUUGCUGAAAACGUUUCCUGAGAUUUACGUAAACAUUCAACGUCUCAGUCUCAAUGGAACUGGAAUACAAGAACUCCCUUCAUCAAUAACGUCAUGGUCUCAUCUUUAUCACUUGGCUAUGCCGUACAGUGAAAGCCUUGGGACGCAUGCUUUUGGCCUCAUCACGGAGCUGCACGUGGCGUGCGACCAAAGGAUACGAGAGCUUGGUCCGUGGAUCAAGGAAAUGACUCGUCUACGUAGACUUGUGAUCAGUGGAUGCACAAAGCUAGUUUCACUCCCGCAGCUUCCAGACUCCUUGCGAUACAUAGAAGCAGAAAACUGCGAGUCCUUAGAGAGACAAGAAUCUUUUGAAGAUGUUGUUGGUGCCAACUUUGGUAAUUGCUUCAAACUGAAACAAGAAGCAAGAGAGAUGAUCAUAAGGACUUGUAGAUUUGCGGUCUUGCCAGCUGGCGAACAAAUGCCUAUGUACUUUCUUUGGCAUGCCAGAGGGAGUUCCCUGUCAACGAAAUGGAAUGGCACGGAUCCUCCUCCUAUACCGUCGAUGGCUUGUGUCUUGGUAGUUAAUAAGGUUGGUGACAUGAGGAAGGAGAAGUUGUUGGAUGUAUAUUAUUGCAUCAUGGAUGGUACCACCACCACCACCACCAGUGUAAGGCAUCGAUCAGGAAUACACUCGAAACGUUUUCCAGUUUUAAACGACCAUCUCUACACGUUCGAGAUCGAAGAAAAGGUGAUCAGUUGCAUGGAAUCAUCAGUCUUUGAGUUUGAAGUCAGAGAUAAGACAUGUGAGGUUAGAGAAUGCGCUCUAAAUUUGGUUCCACCACUUUGUCUUCAUGUCUGAUUGGAUUAACUGAUGAUUUUCCACAAAACAAUUUUCUCAUUCUUUUAAACACUUAUUACGUAAUGAACACUUAAUUCAACA